GGAUAUACUGCUUUUGCUUGUAGUGACUUGACGCUCAGACUGGGAAGUUGGUAAAAGGCUUGUUUACGGUAUUUUGUUUCAUUUCGGAGAAACGAUUUACAGCUUUGAAAUUACUUAUAGUCAUAGAAUACUUGGGUAUUGUCAUUUGUUGUACGUUGCCUUCAGUUUUUGCGUGCGAGAGCGGUGAUCACAAUCUGAAUGGCCGAGGGCUACUCAGACCCUACAGAUCUUAAAUCAGAUGGAUCACCACAUCAAAACCCUAAUCAGCACCCGUCCAGAAGGGGUUGGUUCAGAUGCAACAGUGACAGAACUCUGAGUAGUAAUAAUUAUGAUCCCUCUCAGCAGUAUGAACAUUUUCACCGGGGGUUCAAACCCAAUUUUGGCAACAAACAUUCAAGUCAUGCUGCAUUUCACCACCCUUCCCAACUAGGAGAGAAUGGAGCUAGAGGUCGAGGUAGAGGCCGGGGCAGGAGAGAUGGGAAUAGAAGUUUCAAUGGCAGUUUUGAUGAGUCAAGAAGACCAUGGUGGAAAGAUACUGGCAACAGCAGAAGUGUGGAUGUCUGCCAGCCAGCAGCCAUAGGAGGGCCCGAUGGACCCAGCUGGCGGAGAGACGUGGGCCAGAGUUUGGAAGCUACUAAUGAAAACCAAGACUCGAGGGCCAAAAGAUACCAAAAAUUUAGCCAGACGCAGAGACAAGUAGAACAAGUGGAGAAGGAUCAACAACUAAAUGAUAAAAUUGCAGUAGAGGGACUGAGGUCAAAAAAUGAAAACUUUCCUUCAGAGAUGAAGAGCAGAACAGGCCCUGACCCUCAUCGCGAUGACCAGCAGAAGAAACGCAGUGAGCCAAAACGACGCCAGGGGCUGAUCAAAAUGUCAAAACCACCAUCUCAAGAAGAAAUGCUUUCAGAGAACGGAGCCACUGCCCUGGGUGACUCUGGAAACGACAGAUUGUUUCAGAAUCCUGCCUUGAAAGCUGGGAGAGGUAAGGGACGAAAUGCACCCCUGCAGGUCACAGGUCAUAGAAAACCAGCUCAUCAAAACCACAGGUCCAGCCAGAAGAAAUUGGACAAGAUGCCAGAGAGCAAAGAGACACAGACAGGGUGUCUAAUUGAGCAGCUUUCUGAGGAGAAGUACGAGUGCAUGGUGUGCUGCGAUGUGAUCCGGCUCAUGGCGCCCGUGUGGAACUGCCAGAGUUGCUUCCACGUUUUCCAUCUGAACUGCAUCAAGAAAUGGGCUCGAUCCCCGGCCUCUCAGGCAGAUGAUUCAGCAGAAGGUUGGCGUUGUCCAGCCUGUCAGAAUGUUGCAUUCAAACACCCGACCUCCUACACCUGCUUCUGUGGUAAAGUGACGAACCCCGAGUGGCGGCGCAGUGAGAUUCCCCACAGCUGCGGUGACAUGUGCGGCAAGAAAAGGAGCAGCAUGGACUGUAACCACCCUUGUAACAUCUUAUGUCACCCUGGACCUUGUCCACAGUGUCCUGCUUUUAUAACGAAGAGCUGCGUCUGUGGACGGACCAGUCAGCCAAUGCGUUGUGGGCAGGCUGCAGCGCUGCGCUGCACCAAUGUUUGCCGAGGUUUACUCAACUGUGGCGAACACACCUGCACCCAGGUGUGCCACAGCGGCUCAUGUCAGCCCUGUCAGCUCCUACUUCAGCAAGCUUGCUACUGCGGCAUCUCCUCUCGUAAUGUCCUGUGUGGUACAGAAAAGGAAGGAUUUGACGGUUCGGGAAAUUUCUCCUGUCAAAAUCUGUGUGGGAAGAUGUUGGAAUGUGAAGCCCACCAGUGUGAGCAGGUGUGCCACCGGGGACUGUGCCAGCCAUGUCCACUGUCUCCACAGCUGGUGAAGACAUGUCCCUGUGGGCAAACGCCGCUGACUAAACUGCUGGAGCUGGGUUACCCGGAACGGAAAACCUGUACUGAUCCCAUCCCUUCCUGUGGCAAGACGUGCAACAAACCUCUGGCCUGUGGCUCCAGUGGCACCAUUCAUAUGUGUGACAAGCUGUGCCAUGAGGGUGACUGUGGGCCCUGCCCUCUGACCUCUACGGUCAGAUGCAGAUGUGGCUUCAAAACCAAGGAGGUUCCAUGUGCUGCAAUCACUCAAGAAGAUGAGCUUGUCUUUACUUGCGAGAAGCGCUGCAGCAAGAAACGCUCUUGUGGACGACAUAAGUGCGGCGAGCUGUGUUGUGUGUGCACAGAACACAAAUGUCCCCUCAUCUGUGGCCACAAGCUGAACUGUGGCCUUCACCGCUGCCAAGAACCUUGUCACCGUGGAAACUGUGAACCCUGCUGGCAGUCCAGUUUCGAUGAGCUGACGUGUCACUGUGGGCUCAGUGUCUUGUACCCACCUAUUGCCUGUGGAACCAAGCCACCAGAGUGCAAGAACCCGUGCACCAGACGGCAUGAGUGUGACCAUCCAGUGUUUCACAACUGCCACAGUGACGAGUCGUGUCCACCAUGCACAUACCUCACGCAAAAAUGGUGCAUGGGAAAGCACGAGCAACGCAGCAACAUCCCCUGUCACCUGCAAGAUAUUUCUUGUGGCCUGACCUGUAACAAGACACUGCCGUGUGAAAUGCACCGCUGCAGGCGUAUCUGCCACCGGGGUGAGUGUCUGACCGGAGGGACCUGCAACCAGCCGUGCACGCUGCCUCGCCCAGACUGUGGCCACCUGUGCGCUGCUCCCUGCCACAAAGGUGACGUCUGCCCAAAAACCACCUGCAUGGCCAAGGUAACACUACAGUGCGACUGUGGUCGAAGAAAAGAAACUGUUGCAUGCACAGAGGCAGCCAGUUCGUAUCAAAGGUACACGGCCAUCGCUGUGGCCAGUAAACUAUCUGACAUGCAGCUCGGUGAAUCUUUGGACAUGGGUCCUCUGCUCACUAAGAAGGAGCUAAAACAGACCAGGCUGGAAUGUGACCAAGAGUGUGCCAUAUUGGAGAGAAACCGCCGCUUAGCUGAAGCUUUACAAAUUGACACGGCCUCUGACCCCUUCAAAACUCGUUCCACAUCCAUUUACAGCGACAGUCUCAAAGACGACGCCAGGAGUGACCUGAAGUUUGUCACAGAAGUAGAGGAGGAGAUCAAGAAUCUUGUUGAGCUCACCAAUAAGGGAAAGCAGCCAAAGAGGAGCCACUGUUUCCCGCCAAUGAACAGAGAACACAGAAAAAUCAUCCAUGACUUAGCUGAGGUCUAUGGCGUGGAGAGCAUCAGCUAUGACAGCGAGCCCAAACGCAACGUGAUCAUUACAGCUCACAAAGGAAAAUCAGCCUGUCCAAAUUCAACGCUGACGUCCCUCAUCGUGAAAGAGACAACGUCGAGGGCCCCUCCUCCCAUCGCUCACAUCAAACAGCACAGCAAGGCCGUCAGUGGAGGUUCUUGGUCGAAGAUGGUUAAAGAGGAGCCUGUGAUAGAUUAUUUUGAUGUCCAGGACUAACACACAGCCAAGCAAGGAAACUUCUGGAUUUGCUCCAAAA